AUGGGGCGGAAGCACGGCUCCAGCAGCAAGGCUACCCGUCGGACCCGCAGGCACGCAUGCCAAGAAGACCGAGCAGACCCGGAAGCGCGCACAGACGCGGGACUCCCGGUCGGCGCCCCGAAGGAGACGCGAGAGGAAGAGGUGUGGGACGAUGGAAAUGAAAGUGGAUCAGGAGAGGAGGACGAGAGUGAGAGUGAGGAGGAAGAAGAAGACAAAUGCAACACAGUCUACGAGCUCCAGGGCGAAUAUCUGCACGACCCGGAUGACGAGGGGGAGACCCACACGGAGGUGUGCAAGCAUUUCCGGGUGUGCAAGACGAUUAAGACCAAGGCAGCAGAGUUGAUAUUAGUGUGUUACGGUAAAGGGAAGCGAGGCAUAGAUUGUCAUCAUUGGGAGACGUAUCUGGACAUGCUGGAGGGCCGCGGAGGAGAAAGCUGCUGAGAUGGACUUCUUGGCGGCUGAGAGCAGGAAGGCUGAAAAGAAGAGAGCCAAAGCAGGCGCUGCAAAAUCGGGGAGGCACGAAGUCUUCAACAUGCCCCCCUCAACGCAACCAAGGCCCUCCGGCGGGGAAAGCAGCUCCAAACGCGUAACCUUCAAGAACUCGCCUGCGAUAAAGAAGAGGGUUCCGACGGAAGAACGAGGGGACUCUCCGGAGGUUGAGGUGGUCGAGGGGACAAGAA